UUAGUGCCAGUACUCAGCACUACUGACAGCUGAGGGUUUCACUCACGGGAAUCGGGUAACGCGUGGCUCGAUUUUGGACAGAAACGGGAAAAUACGACCGGGAAGAAUUGUGAAAUAUCCUCUCUGAGGCCAGAAGUAAAAAAUGAUGAAGGCUGGAAAACUAUGGGCACUUUGAGCAGGCCAGUGGAGCAGCCCUGCUGAUGGAGGAACAGAGGAGCUCUGAGAAGGAGAAAACCUCCAGAGAAAGGGGAUUGCUCUACAGGUGGCAGGGCUACUCCUGCACCGUUAACCCAGAGAAGGUGCUUCUCCCUAGGCCUGUGUGUCAUGCUGCAUUGGGCAUCAGUCAUGGAGUUCUGCUGACAGAGGAUGGGCUUGUCUACAGCUUCGGGGAUCUGUACUGGAGGCACAGCUCAAGAUCUCAGGCGUUGAGUCCCGUUCUGGAGGGCUUUGUGGGUGGCCAGCGUGUCCUGCGUGUGUCUGCGGGCAGCUUCCACUGCGCCGCUAUAACCGACGAUGGCGUGGUCCACGCUUGGGGCGAGAAUGCCAACGGCCAGUGUGGCGUCUCUGAUUUGAGCCUGGUCCCAAGCCCCACCCCUGUCAGCAUUGUGGACGACGAAACGGUCCCUCCAGAAAGGGUCUGGAUCCUGGAUGUAGCAUGCGGGGCCCAGCACACCUUAGCCUUGUCUGGCAAGCACGAGGUGUGGGCAUGGGGCACUGGCUGCCAGCUGGGCCUUGUUACUAACGUGUUCCCCGUGCAGAGAGCACAGAAAGUGGAGCACCUCUCAGGCAGAUAUGUGUUGCAGAUCGCCUGUGGUGGGUUUCACAGCCUGGCUUUGGUUCGCUCGCUGCCUCCUCUGAAGUCCUCGCGGCAGUCCUCGGAGACGUGUGGUCAGUGCAGGCAGCCUCUUUACACUGUAAUUGACAAGGAUGACCAUGUCAUUAUUUCUAACAACCAUUACUGCCCACUAGGGGUAGAACUAACUGAUGAAAAGCAGGGUCAAAGGUCAAACCAGGGCUCCCCAGCUCUGAUGGCAAAAACAGAACUCUCAGGACCUGACCAACAGGUCUUCACUGGGCUCUUUGAAGAUUUCUGUCCCGGUCAGAAAGCUUUAGAUGGAUCGUGCCGAGACGACGCAGCUAAGAAGGAAACAUUCCAUCAGGAACCAGCCCCUGUGUCCGUCACUGACAGCUCAGCGGCGUUGCCAAAAAACCUGAAAAGGACAAAAACCAAAAGCUCCCCUUACCCUGAUGAACAGGCUCUUAAAGACUACCUCAGGAGGAUGUCUGAUCAGUCUCUCUCAGAGAAUUUUGAGGCCGUCCCCACAGAGGGUUCGCGGCCUCCAAGCCGCCAGACGUCACUCAAGGACCGAUGUAGAGUGGACCAGCAUGACAAACCCAUGUUUCCUGCUUUAGCACCACUUACCAUCAGAGAUGUUACUAACCUGUCAGAUGUUGCACCAGUGGCUACACAAAGCAGUGCAAGUUCUGCUUUAAGCAGCCAGACUGGUCGUGAUGCACUACCACUUGGGGUUUCUGCUUGCGACGAUUCUGAAGUUAAAGACAGGGCCGUCAGUUGUCAGGACUCGUUAACGGGUGGUGGCGGAGAGGAGGCUUGUGAUGAAAGCCAAGCAAAAAAUCAAGAUUCAGAGCGGAAGUGUCUGGAAGCCAACAAGAGCGCCAGCCUGAGUGAUGUCAGGAUCGAGGACACAGAUGGACUUGGCCGCAGGAGAUCUUUACCUGGCUUGCUCUCAAAAGGGUUCCCGAAGAAAGUUGGAGCGUCCACUUUGACGACCUCGGGCGUCUCUAAAACAGAGAAUCUCUUCCCUUCUCUGUAUACAGAGGUGUGGAGUUGGGGGAGGGGUCAGGAUGGUCAGCUAGGUCAUGGAGACAGCUUGCCCAGGUUACAGCCUCUGUGUAUCAAGAGCUUAAGCAACAAGGAAAUUGUCAAGGUUGUUGCUGGAUCAAAUCACACUCUCGCCCUGACAGCGCAAUGCCAGGUUUACUCUUGGGGUAGCAAUAAAUUGGGUCAGCUGGGUCACAUGGACUCAUCAACUGUGCCUCACCUUGUGAAGGUGUCUGAAGGCAUCCGUGUGUGGGACGUAGCGGCUGGGCAGACACACACCCUGCUGCUGGCUGAUGGAGACUGCAUCCAGCCUAUACUGUACUACAGUGGCAAGCAGGUGCAGGAGGGGCAGGACUCUCAUGCCAGCACAUGCACCCAGACACCAACCCUGCUACCCUUCUGCAUGAAUCUAGGUUAUGUGAGCAGUGUUUUUGCCGGAGGACUGAACUGUUUGGCUCUAGCUGAUCAGAAUGCGAUGGGUUUCAUUAGCACUCUGCAUGAGCUGGCGUCUGCAGAGAGGAAGCUUUACUGCACACUAAGCAGGGUGAAGAGCCAGAUACUACGUCCCCUACUGUCUCGGGAAAGUGUCAGCUCAUGUCUGGGCCAAACCUCCAUGCAGCUGUUCCAGACUGUGGCAGGAUGUUUCAGUCGUCUGUGCCAUCUGACAGGGCAGCAUGCCAUCUCUCUCAACAGCUUCCUUCAGAACAGCAGAGACGUCAAGACUCUUACCAUUUUGAAAAAGGCGGACAUUUUUCUAGACACCUAUAAGGAGUACAGUGUGCCUUUAGGGAACUUUCUGGUAAUGGGUGGAUUCCAGGCCCUGGUCAAGCCCGCUCAAGAAUGUUUUGGGAAGAAGUUGGAGUUGGCACAGAAGCUCCUGGAGCUGAAAGAGAAAGAUGCUUCGCCCAGUGAUUUGCUGCUGAAGCUGUUGUACAUGCCACUGCAACACCUGUGUGACUAUGGUAGGGUGCUGCUGAAGAUGACUGCCUGCUUUGAUGUGUCCUCUGUGGAGUACCGAAGGCUUCAAGAUGGCUGCUUGCAGUAUGAGGUCUUGGCUCAUCUCGUGAGCAAGCAGAGGAAAGAUGCAGAAGCCACUCAUUCUUUCUGGAAGAACUUUUCUGGAAAGAGCUUGGAGUCUCUGCGGAAGCCUUCUCGGCGGCUGGUGUGCGAGAGCGGCAAUAAGGAUUUGACUCUGCAGAACUCCGGAAGAUUCUCAGUCAACACGUUUAUUCUCUUCAACGACACACUUGUUCAUGCGCAGGGUACCAUUCCAUCUAAAAAGUUUUUCUCCUCUCAUUUCAUCUAUCCACUGGCCACACUAUGGAUAGAGCCCGUCUCAGAUGAGAAUGUUGGCUUGUUAGGGUUGAAGCUGACCACCCCUGAAGAGAGCUUCAUAGUGCUGGCGUCCUCCCCCCUGGAGAAGGGGAAGUGGCUACGGGCCAUCAACCAGGCCGUGGAUCACGUCCUGGGGCUGGGUCAGAAUGGGCAGGUCAUUAGUCCGAGUGGCAGUCAGAGGGCGGAGCCUCCUGUUUCCCGCACUGCCACUUAUACGUUCACUAAAGAGGGCAGGCUCAAAGAGGCCACGUACAACGGCCGCUGGUUGUCUGGCAAACCCCAUGGCAAAGGGACGCUGAAGUGGGCUGAUGGCCGAGUUUACUGUGGCACAUUCAAGCAUGGUCUGGAGGAUGGGUUUGGAGACUAUAUGAUGCCCAAUAAGACCUUGAACAAGUUUGAUCGUUACAAGGGCCACUGGAAGGAGGGAAAAAUGCACGGCUUUGGGACAUACUGGUACGCCACGGGCGAGGUGUAUGAGGGUUCGUUCCAGGACCACCAGCGGCACGGCCACGGCAUGAUGAGCAGCGGCCGCCUGGCCUCGCCCUCCUCCAGCAGUGUGUUCGUCGGACAUUGGCUCAACGACAAGAAGGCUGGCUACGGCAUCUACGACGACAUCACCAAGGGUGAGAAGUACAUGGGAAUGUGGCUAGAAGACCAGCGUCAGGGCAGCGGGGUCGUGGUCACCCAGUUCGGCCUCUAUUACGAGGGAGCUUUUAGCAACAACAGGAUGACGGGCGUCGGGCUUCUGCUGUGCGAAGAUGACACGGCCUUUGAGGGAGAGUUUUCGGAGGACUGGCUGCUGAACGGGAAGGGUGUGAUGCGCAUGCCUAAUGGAGACUCAUUUGAGGGCAUCUUUGUGGGCGAGUGGGGCUCUGAGCUAAAGGUUGUUGGUACCUUUCUAAAGCCAUCCCUUUACGAGACUGAGACUGAGGUGAAGCAGAGUAAAACCCCUCAGGUUGGUCGUUACGCAGUGCCAGCAGAACAGAAGUGGAGGGCUGUUUUCGAGGAGUGCUGGAGUCGACUUGGCUGUGAAUUUCCAGGUCAGGGGGAGAACGACAGAGCUUGGGAAAACAUCGCAGUCAUUCUCACAAGCAGCCGCAGAAAGCAGACAGACAGUCCACAGAUGCUGAGUCGCUCACAGUGUAAGUUACUGGAGAGUCUGGAGGUGAUCCCCCAGCACAGGGGGUCUGUUUCCGCCCAGGCCUAUGACAUCAUCCGCCGCUACCUCAUCAAGGCAUGCGAUACCCCGCUCCACCCGCUGGGCUGGCUGCUGGAGACUCUGGUCACUGUCUACAGGAUGACCUACGUGGGCGUGGGCUCCAACAGGAGGCUCCUACAGCAGGCUGUGGAGGAGAUACAGUCCUACCUGAGACGCAUAUUUCAGCUGGUCAGGUUCUUGUUUCCUGGUCUGCCUGAGGAGGGGGGUUUCAUCCCUGAGUCCUCAGAGGGGGCAGGCAGCGAUUCACUGAGUGACAGCUCCCAGUCCGACAGCACCCAGCAGGGCUGGAUCGUGAGUAGCUCCAGCCUGCUACUCCCCAUUCUCUUGCCUCGCCUGUAUCAUCCUCUCUUCACGCUGUACUCGCUGGAGAGAGAGCGAGAGGAGGAGCUCUACUGGGACUGCAUAGUCCGCCUCAACAGGCAGCCCGACCUGUCCCUGCUUACUUUCCUGGGAGUGCCUCAGAAGUUCUGGCCAGUCUCAGUGUCUAUUCUUGGAAAGGAAAAAGAGCAGGUGCUGCCUAGCACUAAAGAUGCUUGCUUUGCUACUGCUGUGGAGACACUGCAACAGAUUAGCACGGCUUUCAUUCCCGCAGACAAGCUCCAGGUGAUCCAGCUGACUUUUGAGGAUGUCACACAGGAAGUGCAGACCAUGUUGGGCCAGGACUUCCUGUGGAGCAUGGAUGACCUUUUUCCAGUGUUCCUCUAUGUAGUCGUCCGUGCACAGAUCAGAAACCUGGGCUCCGAGGUGAGCCUGAUAGACGACCUGAUGGAGCCUGCAUUACAACAUGGAGAGUUGGGUCUCAUGUUCACUACUCUAAAAGCCUGCUACUACCAGAUUCAGCAUGAGAACACCACGUGCUUCUAGAAGCAGAGAGACCUGCAUGCGAGUCUUGUCUCCAGUCUUUGACGGCGCUAAGACAGAGUUUGGGAUGCGGUAGGUUUUGAGCCGAGAUGACAGCAAGAGGAAAUGAUGAUGAACACGACACGGAGUGGCAGGAGACUGAUAGUGAGAGUCCAGGUACGAGAGAACAGCCGGUGAGCCCUUGCUCCUCUGAAGAAGAGAUCCCAGCAUUUACAAUCACUGCUGCCUCAUCACACAGUGGCCUAUAGGGUGUGAGCAGAUUUCAUUUGAUCCUUUUUUUUAAUAUACAUUAUCAUUUCACGAUGGGGUACUAUUUAAGAAAGUAGAAGUUCUUUUUUUUAAACGAUUAAAAAGGGAACCUUUUUAUUCUCUUUUGAUAUGAAUCAGUUGUUUAUUUCCUGCAUUGGUUGGUGUUGUGUUAUAGCGCUGAUAUGAAUCUCCUUUAGUGGUUCUUAACUGUCUUUAAUGUGUCCUUUUAACUUGCACUCAAAGUUGUGCACUAACUCGCCCUCCAUUAGUUGUUUGCCUCAUCCACACUUAAAAAAAAAACAUUUCCACAGGGACUGCUCUGCCAAUAAGCAAGCACUUCACUGAAGUGAAUGAGAUAUUUGGUGGCAUAAAAUCAUAUUCAAUAUUUUUCACUAAUUUGGUUUUAAGCAGGAAUUUAUCAGAAUGUAUCUUUUGUGGUAUCAGUACAUUGGAACAUAAUGU